AGCAUGUUUCCCAGAGACUGGGAGUGCUUUCCGGCUCUGCAGCUGCUGUUCUGUCUUCUCCUGGAGACCAGCAUUCAAGCUCCUUCAGAUUUGGCAAAUGAAAUCAACGUGAUUGCGGGACACAAUGUGAACCUGAGUGGCACCAUGCUUGUGCCUGGUAGAUACACAUCUUUCGCCUGGAUUUAUGCCACUGACCAGAAGAUUAUAGAAUGGUAUGGGAACAAUGAGACUAAACGCUUUGAAUCUAAACUUCAGGACAGAGUUCGUCUUGAUGACCAUGGUACGCUGUUCAUCAAUAAGGUCCAGAAAAACGACAGCAGCACCUAUACCCUGCAGGUGUUGUGGAUAGGUGGGGAAGAACAAGAAUGGGCAAUCCAACUGCAGGUGUACGACCGUGUGUCCAAGCCCACCAUAACAGUGGAGGUGGAAAAGAGCGAGAACAGCACCUGCCAGGUGAAGCUAUUCUGUGAGACCCAGGACCAGCCUGUGAACUACACCUGGCAUGGGGACUCGGGACCCCUUCCACAGGACAAAGCACUUGAAAUCACCCACACGCCAGAAACAUACUCCAGGUCUUACACCUGCCAAGUCAGCAACCCUGUGAGCAGCAAGAACGACACGGCCUAUUUCACUUCACCUUGUAUUCUGGCCCGUUCCUUUGGAGUACAUGGGAGUGCAACUUGGCUAUUGGCCAUGGUACCUGUUGUUCUUAGCUUCCUCCUUGCCUGAGAAGAGCUCUUCACAUCCAAGAAUGAAACUUCAAAGCCCCAAAUCAUGACCUUCAUCAGCACCUACAGAAGAUCUCUUAAACAGAGUGGGAACCCUGACGAUGUAGUUUUCCCACUCUUCAAUGUUGUUGCUAUGUGCCAUUUGAUGUCAUGCCACAUAAGGAGAAAUUUAGGUUACCAUGAGUGUCAUCGUUUAUAGUUAUAUGGUGAAAUUUCUAUUUUAAAUGAAAAUAUGAAACUUUUAAUUAAAUGAGAAGCUGCUACUAAGGGCUCAAGUAGAAAGCCAAUGUUUUGAGAAUGAUGAUAGCAACAAAUGUACAAAUGUGCUCAACA